AUGGCUAAAUCUAUACGUGCAUCUUCCCAUCUAAAUGCCAAGGCUAUCAAACGUAAAGGUGUUUUCCAAAAAACUGUCGAUGCCAGAGCUGCUAGAGUGGCCGAGAAGUUGAAGAACGAUUUGUUGAAGCAGAAGCUCGAUGACUUGAAAGCCAAGAACAACGGUAUGGAAGUGGACGAGGAGACCCUGCUGCAACAGGAGAGACUGCAGAAGGAAGAAAAACUAGAAUCUGGCGAGGACUCAGAAAAGAAAGUCAGUACCUCUGGCUGGAGAGACGCUAGACACCAUAAUUACAAGAAGGCAAGGUUACAAAAAAAUAAGAAUAAGAAGGGUUCAUUCACCAAGUUUUAA